UGUUCUGACUUACGCAUGGUCCACGUAUCUGAACAGGAAACAAGAAAUAUGUCCAAACAACUGCACUGGACAAGGGAGACUUAUUUCAGGUGAUAUCUUUAUUUUUUAUUGGCAGUCGUUGACACGCACUCUAUCUGUACUAUAUUCUUCGGACGUCAUCUUUCCCGCGAAGACAAUUCCCGGAGAAGAGGUUCAAGCAGGGGGUCACGAUGGCACAGAAAGUCCUGGUGACUGGGGGAGGAGGCUAUAUCGGCAGCCACUGUGUGGUGGAACUGAUUGAGGCAGGAUUCUGCCCUGUGGUCAUAGAUAACUUCAGCAAUGCCGUCCAAGGAGGAGAAAGGGAUGUCCCUGAGAGCCUGCAGAGGAUAGAGAAAAUACUGGACACCAGCAUUGAGUUCUAUGAGCUGGACCUGCUGGACCGCCCAGGCCUGGAGAAGCUCUUCAAACAGCAUUCAUUCAGUGCUGUAAUGCACUUUGCUGGUCUAAAAGCGGUGGGUGAGUCCGUUGAGCAGCCAUUGAGGUACUAUCAGGUCAACCUCACUGCAACCAUGAACUUGCUUGAGGUGAUGCAGACUCAUGGCGUGCGCAAUCUGGUCUUCAGCAGCUCAGCCACGGUGUAUGGAGACCCCCAGCGGCUUCCCAUAGACGAACAGCACCCUGUUGGGGGGUGCACCAACCCCUACGGCAAGACCAAGUUCUUCAUAGAGGAGAUGAUUAUUGACCAGUGUAAGGCAGAGAAGGACUGGAACGCGGUGCUGCUGCGCUAUUUCAACCCGAUCGGGGCUCACUCCUCUGGGCUCAUCGGAGAAGACCCUCAGGGCAUCCCCAACAACCUGCUGCCUUAUGUCGCCCAGGUGGCCAUUGGGAGAAGAAAACACCUCAAUGUGUUUGGGAAUGACUACGAUACUAUUGAUGGAACAGGAGUGCGAGAUUACAUCCAUGUUGUGGAUUUGGCCAAAGGACACAUAGCUGCCCUCAAGAAACUGAAGGACAAUUGUGGAUGCAAGGUGUAUAAUUUAGGAACAGGAACCGGUUACUCUGUGCUCCAGAUGGUGAAGGCUAUGGAGAAGGCCUCAGGGAAGGAAAUCAUGUACCUGAUCGCCCCUCGGCGAGGAGGAGAUGUAGCAUCCUGCUAUGCUGACCCCCUUCUGGCUGAGAAAGAGCUGGGCUGGAAAGCUGACUUCGACCUGGAGAGAAUGUGUGAGGACCUGUGGCGCUGGCAGUCCAAAAACCCAACCGGAUUCACUAAUAACAGCCCGUCUUCAAUAUGAUGUCACUCAAUGCUCAUCUUCUUCACGUACUCCUAUGUUACUGGGCCAAAGCAAAUCAUAAAGUUCUUCAUUUUUCUUUCGCGUACACACAUGAAGAGACCUCAAGACAAAAUGAAUGAUUUAUAUUUCAUAAUGACUUAAUAUUAUGUUGUUGAUUCCAUACAGGUACUUCUCUAAUGCUUAGGUGAAAAAUACCAUGUCUUAUCUCUGUCUUGUCAUUUGUAUGUAUUGUCAUAGACAUUUUCUCUAAUGAUAUAAUAGCUGAGUCAAUAGCCAUAAAAAUGGGGAAAUAAAUACAAUUUCUAAACAAAGAAAAUA